ACUGAAUACCACGAAAUUAUAUCUUCGCGCCUCGCGACUUGUUCAGUAAUCAGUUGUCAAUUCAUUGUCGUAAUUUUUGUCAUUCAUUAUUAUUUUUACUUGAAAUUUUUAUUACAUUUUUUCUUAUUGUAAUAUCGUAUAAAUGGCUGACGAAGAAUUUGAACACGAUGAUGGUGGCGCAGACGAUUUUGACGAAGUUGAAGAUGAUGCAGACUUAGAUGAAUUAGAUCAACCUGAAGAAAAUGAAGAUAACAUUGAUAUAUUACCUAUUCAAGAAGCUCAAAGUCAAGUUCAAAAGUCCAAACGAAUUACAACUAAAUACAUGACAAAGUAUGAAAGAGCUCGGGUGUUAGGUACAAGAGCUUUACAGAUAGCAAUGUGUGCUCCUGUCAUGGUAGAACUUGAAGGCGAAACUGAUCCAUUACAAAUUGCAAUGAAAGAAUUGAAAAAACGUAAAAUACCUAUUAUUAUCAGAAGAUAUUUGCCAGACAAUAGCUAUGAAGAUUGGGGAAUUGAUGAGUUAAUAAUAGUUGAUCAAUAAAAUUAAUUUUAUAUAAUUUACAAUUAAAAAAAAUAAUUUAGGUAUAUUAUACUAUUUGAUCUCUUAUAUUUACCUUAUUUCAUUGAUUGAUUCAAUAUUUUUUUAUUUAUUUAGUAAAAAGUAAAAUGUCCAUAAACAAUGCACAUUUAAAUAUUUUAGUUUAAAGGAAAUUUAAAGGAAAUGAUGGGUCUCCUAAUAACUAACUUAACUGUUUUGCAUAUUAAUAUGAGUAUAAGAGUAUUUUUACUAUAUAGAAAAAACAGGUUAAUACUUGGCUUAAAAAUGUAUUGCCAUCAAGUAACAUCAAUACAGUAAUUCACACUUUGUGUUAAUUUUGAGAAAAUAAAUGAUAGAAGUAUUUACUA